AUGAACACACAGACUUGCAUGCAAAGUCCACAGAAGCGAAAGAAGACGUCGCACUACCCCGACAUGAAGUUUCCGACGCUUCACAAAUUUUACGCUGAGAUGAAAAGCCUUGUGAACAGCGACAUCUCUUACAGUUACCAGCCACCCAACACUGCUGCCCUCAGUACCACCGACUCGCAAAAACAUUUACCUGUCGAGUUCGGGAGCUCAUUGAAACAUUUACCUGUCGAGUUCGGGAGCUCAUUGAAACAUUUACCUGUCGAGUUGGGGAGCUCAUUGAAACAUUUACCUGUCGAGUUGGGGAGCUCAUUGAAACAUUUACCUGUCGAGUUGGGGAGCUCAUUGUCGAAUUUGGAAUCAGGUGUUGAGCUCAGCACUGCCUCGUUUAACAUAAGCGAAGCUCUUCUUUCAUUAUCUGUGUUCAAACAGGACUAUCAUAACAGCAAUUUCCAGUACAUUCUUGGAGCCGCUACCUCACCAGCUGUUAAACUGAAUGAGGACACAUUGACAUAUCUUAAUCAAAUGCAGUCGUACGAGCUAAAGUUGAAGAAACUUAGCGAUCUCACUGGGUCAAAGGGGUACCUUAGGAGCACGGUGCGCGUUUGCUUCCACGAUCGGCGACUUCAAUACACGGAGAGGGAACAGCUUAAUUUCUGGUCAAAGGAUCGACCAGGUGUGAGAAUUCUUGAUAUUGACAUUGCAUCAUCGUACGGCUUGGUUGACGUUAACGUCAAUCCACGAGAACACAACACCAUCGACUUUGUUUGGGACCCGUCAAAAGAUACUGGCAUUUACGUGAAAGUGAAUUGUAUCAGCACAGAAUUCUCUCCGAAAAAACAUGGUGGAGAGAAAGGUGUUCCAUUCCGCCUUCAGGUCGAAACCAGAGAAUCUGAACGCCAAGAAUCGCAGCUUAUCCACUGUGCCUUCUGCCUGAUCAGAGUCUUCAGACUAAAAGGUGCUGACCGUAAACUUUAUACGGACUGGCAAAAAAUGAACAAGAAAACCGAUAGUGAAAAGGGAAACUAUCGUCCCUCCUACGAAUACACUGUUUUAAAUGAGAUUCCAGUUGAACAAGUGAUUCAAGCUAAGUUUGACAAAGCGCAGUCGCUGGUUCACACGAAGUCCGAGAUCUCGAGCAGUAAAGCUCAGUUCUGCCAACUGAGCCAACCCAUUUGCCACACCCAUAGCAGCCCUAUAAAAACGGAUAUUCAACGGAUAUCAUCUCAAUACGAGCUUAAAUCCCCACCAUCAUCGCCUUUCAGCACGGACAGCGUAUCUAGCGAGGGCUCGGUCAUGUCAUGGGUACCCACGAUGAUCUCCGUCAACGCUACGGCGACGGAGGUGAAAACCUGGUUGUUCCACAACCGUUUCGCAAAAUUCGUCAACGUUUUCCGAAAUUUUACAGGCGCCGAUAUCCUUCGUCUUGAUCGAGAAGAUCUCGUUCAGAUUUGCGGACUCGCAGACGGGAUUCGCCUAAACAACGCGCUGCUAUCGCACGCAGUAAGACCGAAACUGACCGUGUUUAUGUGUACGCAAACUGAUCCUGCGUACACGGCGGUGUACAUGGAACAAUUUUCCAGUCAAGAAUUGAAUCAGAAAAUAAGGGAAAUUGCAAAGAUUGGUCAGCACGCAGUUAGUGACGUGUUUCUCCAGGGACCGUCUGCAAUAAACGUUCGACUUACUAAUGAUGUCGUUCGGAACAUGCCCGAUAAGGCGAGGCUGGUUAUCAAAAUCAUGAACGACACCAAUAAUGCCGACUGCAUUCGAAUCCUAAUUCAAAGCGAGGAAUGA